AUGAUCAGUCCUGCCAACUUGGAAUUCAUGCUCCCAUCUGGCCAGGUCUGCAGUACCAUGGCUCAGGCUGCCAAACGGGCGUCGACUGGACUGAACAACGCCAGUGGACCCUCACGGAGGCUGGAACUUGGAGAUGAUGAGGAUCACCAUAACCAUCAUCCACCGGUACAGACACGCACAGGCCCUCUGCAUCGCGAUGGGCUUGGAGUUGUGGUUGCUUGGUCCAGUGUUGUCAAUGAUGAGAGCCUGGGCUCAUGGGCACAAGUGACAAAGAUGAAUUCAAGUCCUCGAUAUAGACCAAUCCAGUGCAGGAAAGUCGAGACAGGUUUGAGGGACGGGGCAAUCAAUGGCCACUGGACCAUCUCGCAUGGUUUCACGUGUGUUUCUCUUUUGGUCCAAAGGGUGUGCGGCGUGUGGAAAUCUACGCCGAAGGUGCCGAACAAAGUGCAUCUCCAUCUACACGCGGUCUGGGCAGUUGGAGAGAGCUCCCGGAUCGUAUCGCGACCUUUUCUUUUCCCCAUCGGUGACCCCUCAGACUCUGUGUUUCUCUCCACAGUCUCUUCGUUUCAACUUGCUCCUCUCUACACCACGCCAGACUCAGACAGUCCUCUCCUGCAGAACCCGUCCAGCGAUCUGCGCCCGAGCAUUAGCGAUUCCGCGCUCUAG